AUUAGUUGUCAAUUUCAAAACUAAUUCUUGUCCUAAUAAAACACCUUGAAAUUUUCCAUCUCUUCGAUCAUUUAUCUCACUCGCACUGUCUUCUUCUUUUUGCGAAUCAAUUACUCGACUAUAACAAUGAUGUCCAAUUCCGGGGAUACAGAAGCGAAGAAACAAUCUGAUGAGUCGACGCCGUCUCAAAUUCCGACUCCGACGGCUGCUGAGGUUGCUGAUGCAGAGUCAGGAAAUGGAUUCAGUGUAGGGGCUAUCACGAGGCGGUGGAGGAGAAAGGAAAUUUUGCAGAGAGGUUCGUUGGGUUUGAGAGGAUUGGGUUUUUUAUUCUCUUUGCUUGCUUUUAUUGUCAUGGCUAGUAACAAGCACGGCGAUUGGAAGAAUUUUGAUAAAUAUGAAGAGUACAGAUAUUUAUUGGCAAUAGCAAUACUUUCGACUUUGUAUACGGGAGCGCAAGUUCUGCGUCAUGUUCAUGAGCUUUCUACUGGAAAACUUUUGCUUGAGGGACGGAAUUCUGCCAUUGUAGAGUUCUUUGGCGAUCAGAUUGCAUCCUACCUGCUGGUAUCUGCAGCUUCAACAGCAGUUCCCUUGACGAACAGGAUGCGCGAAGGGGCAGAUAACAUAUUUACAGACUCCUCAACAGCAGCAAUUAGUAUGGCAUUCUUUGCGUUCUUCUUAUUGGCAUUGUCAGCUCUUAUUUCAGGAUACAAGUUAUCUACUCAAUCCUAUAUAUAAAAUUAAGGUUUCUUUGGAUUUGUCAUUCUUUUCAUGUGUGGAUUGUUGAUUCUAAAUAGGUAAAAUACAAUGUGAGAAAAUACAUAUAUGGAAUAUACAAUCAUGUAAACGAUGUGCUCCUUUUUUUAAUUUAUCUGUAUCUAUUUAGCUGAUUAAAUGUAUCUGAAAGAGCAGAGGGUUUUACCAGUAA